ACCCCAUAUUCAUAUUCUUCCAAUGCCUGACCUAACCGAUUUCCUUUCAAAUGGAAAGGCAAAAUUUCAGACUCCAAAAAUCCUCCUUCUUCUCUUCCGCCAUUGAUUUCUUCAUGGCCUUUCGAAGGUCCUUUACGGAUGUCGAUUGCCGUCUCCUCUUUCUCAUCCUAACUCCUCUCUCUCUCAUCGUCUUUUUCUCCACCACCAUCGUCCCUGAGAUUCCGUUUUCCACUUUCGCGCCGCUUCGAUCCUUCAUCGCCGGCGCUACGUUUCAACGGCCUCGCCAAUCCAAUACUCCCACUCACGAUUCUUCUUCCUUUGGUAUUUCUCCGACUCAGCCUCCUAGAGGACCGGUGAGGAAGAAGAUGAAGAUCGAGUUACAGAAUUCGAAAAUGGCGGUGUGUUUAGUCGGCGGCGCGAGGAGGUUUGAGGUUACCGGACCGUCCGUUAUGGAGAAGAUUCUGAAGGAGUAUCCGAACGCGGACUUGUUUUUGCACAGUCCGCUUGAUCAGAACACGUUCAAGUUAUCCUACUUGAAAACUGCGCCGAAAAUCGCCGCCGUCAGAAUCUUUGAGCCGAGACCAAUUCCGGAGACUGAGUCGCAACUCCGAGUUCUCACGGCGAAGAACUCGCCCAACGGCAUCCAGGGGCUUUUACAGUAUUUCCAUUUGGUAGAAGGAUGCCUUACAAUGAUCCGCGCGUACCAACAACGCAACAACUUCACAUACGAUUGGGUUGUACGGACACGUGUCGACGGUUUCUGGAACGCCCCACUCCGACCCGAAUACUUCAUCUCCAGCCAUUACGUGGUGCCGUCGGGAUCCUCCUACGGCGGACUCAACGACCGCCUCGGCGUCGGAGACCUCAACACCUCCAUCGUCGCUCUUUCACGCCUUGCUCUGAUUUCCAAACUGGACGCCGCCGGAUUCCGCCAACUGAACUCGGAAACCGCCUUCAAGGCCCAGCUAACCACGGGGGGCGUCCCAUUUGUGACAAUGCGUUUGCCGUUUUGUAUAGUGACGGAACGACAGUACGAAUUUCCUCCGAGGAGAUUUGGAGUACCGGUGGCGGCGAUGUCGAGUCGAGGGCCUCUGAGCGGGGCGAAGUGUAGGCCGUGUAGGGCGGCGUGUGAGGGUGAGUGCGUAGGGAAGGUUAUGGAUUCGUUAGAAAGAGGAUGGAGUUGGACGGAUUGGGAAAAUGGGACAAUGGGACUGUGCAAUGCGAGUGGAGAUUGGGAAAUGGGGUGGGAGAAAAUAUACGAAGAUAUGGUUGGAACAGAAACGGCGGAUGUGAGUUGGAAUAAUAUUCAGAAGAUGAAGAUGAGGGAAUGUAGUGAAGGUUUUAAUGAAAUGAAAAGACGAAGUGGGAUUUGGGAUUCUCCAAAUGGGGAGGAGAUUUGUAGGUUGGGUUUUAGAAUUUAGAACUAAUUAAGCACUCAAAAAUGGCUUAAAAACUUAAAAUCAAUAUGUUGAUUAUAUAGUUUAGGAUAUUUUGGUUACCAUGAUAGACCCAUAGAUUUUAGAUCUUUAUUAGGAAUUCAUCAUAUGGAGUUUCUACCCCUUUAUAUAUUCAUUAACUAGUUGAACUACACCUAUUCUUUAUGGUCAUUUAAAGGAAAAAAAAAAUAUUUAUUACACGACCAUUGAACCAUUUGACUUAAUUGAUA